AUUACUUGUAUUAUUGCAGGAAUUUUGGCAGUACAGGAAUUUAUUACAAUGCCUAGCGACGUAGAAGUGAAUCCUGGUGAAACAUCGCGUUUGAUCUGCACAGUGAGGAACAGAGGAGGUGAAUGUGCCUGGUUGAAAGAUGGAGUAGUAGUUGGCAGAAUUAACGAGAAAUACAGGUUUCAAAGAGAGCCAGCUGAUGGAGAUUGCAGUAUUGAUGUUCUUAACAGUAAACUCGAAGACGACGACGGAAUGUGGCAGUGCCAGGUGACCCAAGGAUCUCUACAUGAUCCCACUCUGACGUCCGGUGAAGUUAGAUUAACAGUGAGAGAAGCGCCAUUACCUCCCCUCAUCGAAGAUAAUACUAUACAGAUCCAUCCAGGAGAUUCAUUAAAAAUUCGUGCAGGAGAGAGUAAAAGAUUGCAUUGCGUAUCCAGAAGAGGAAAUCCAUCUGCCUUACUUAAAUGGUUUAUAGAAGAUGAAGAUAUAACGUCUAUGUCCAACCAAACAAGUAUUAAAGAUGUCGAUAAGGAAAAAACGUGGCAGGCAACAAGUGUUUUGGAUUAUGUGUUUAAUAAAGGACAUAAUAAAAAUAAAUUGAAAUGUGAAGCUCUUCACGCUGCCUACGAAUCGGGUUCAAAGGAAAUCGAAAUCAAUUUACAAAUUUUAUAUUUACCAGAGAUACGUUUAGAAGGCACACCCACAAAUGACAUAGUGGAAGGUUCAUCUGUAUCAUUGAAAUGCAUAGCAGAUGCCAAUCCUGAAGCGAGUAUCAUUUGGUUGAAGUCUGGAAAUUCAGGAAUCUACGAAAUAAAAGAUCAAAUAGAGUUUAAUUCUAUCAGUCGAGCAGAUUCAGCAGACUAUACUUGUUCAGCUAAAAACGAAAUUGGAGAAAGCGAGAAAUUGACUGUCAAGAUCGAUGUCAAGUAUAAGCCAAAGAUUUUGCAAGUAACUCCUGGCCCCGAAACAACAGUGGCUCUGUAUAACGCUACACGUCUCGAGUGUCACGCCGAAGGAAAUCCACCACCUCGGUAUAUUUGGCUUCAGAAAAUUUCUUCUGAUCCAGUGACGUGGCAAGAAAGAGGUCAUAAUUCAACUUUAUAUAUACACAACGUGACUUAUGCUUAUCAAGGUAUCUAUAAGUGCGUGGCAUCGAAUAUCAUUAAUAAUUUAGAAGAAAAAGUUGACUCGAAUGAAGUUAUUUUGGACGUUACAGGAGCACCCCAGAUUUUGAGAGACGUAGCCAAAACUCAAGAGAAAGUAGUCACAGAGAAAGAUGAGGAUGCUUUCAUCAUUAUUUUCUUUUGUUCUGAUCCAAGCCCUCAAAGAACAUUUUGGGAAUGGGGAAGUCAGAAGUUAGAUACAGGCAAAACUCACGAGAAAUAUAUUGCGGAACCAUUAGUUCCAGAUGAGAUACAACAAGAUUGUUAUCAAGCAAAGUUGAUUGUACAGAAGGUAGACGGAAGUGAUUCAAGAAAAUAUACAUUAAAUAUUGAAAAUGAAAAGGGUCGAGAAUCUCAUGCUGUAGCAUUAAAAGUUAGAGAACCAGUUUCGCUGUCUGUAGUUAUAGGCAUUGUUGUAGGCUGUAUCGCCUUAUUUAUCAUCAUAAUAGUAGUAGUCAUCUACCUCUUGAGGGCAGAAAAAUGGUGUUUUAAUCGCACCAAACAUUCAGGAUUUCCUGUGCCGCAAGACGAAGAAUCUAAACAACCAUCCAUGGAGAAGUUAUAACUGUGUUUCCUUGGGCGUCGAAUCCCAAGGAUGGAGAUCUCCGAAGCGGUAGUGUUGUGUUCAUUACGAACCCUACCAGGGAAUAUGACUCCAGUGUUAAAAAGUGACUCCAGCACUGGCCAAAAGAAGUGUCGUAGACACUGGACACAAACAAUGCAUCACGGACACAAGAAAUCGAUAUGAAGAUUUGUAAAGCUAUGGUGUUUUUUGUGAUCAGCGCAAAACUCACUUCUAUAUUCCUCCCCACAGCCAGCAGACACUUCGGUUCGGUUUAGAAGCUUUUGGAUAUUUUAUUUUAACAUUUGUCUUUAAUUAACCGAGUCGAAGUCAGUCUGGGACUUUUCUGUGAUAGAUAAAUGCUGUAGUUUUGCUUUUCUCUACAUUCUAUAAAAAAAUUGGGUGGUUCUCCGACAACGAAUGUUGUUAUUUAAGCAAAUGUCUUCAUUGUUAUGUAUGCGGUGCCUGAUAUAAAAAAAAGAGAGAGAGAAAAAGUUAAUCUGUCUCUGAUCAUUGAAAAAAUACCUCCGUGUGAUUUAUAUUUAUAUCUACAUAAUAUAUAUAUAUAAAUCACGGUAUUGAAUAAAAUUUUUGUUCAGCCUGUUUGAUAUAAUUGUUAGUAAAAAUUGGUUAUUAAUGCUGAAAUGUGUUAUAUAUAUAUAUCCUAGUAUUUGGUUUUCGAACGAAAAAAAAAAUCUUUAAUCGUGUGUUUGUGGUGUCGGAAAACAGGAAAACCGCUAGUAUCACCUGGUGUACAUUUCAAACAUGUAUCGUUCUAUGUAUGUAGCCUGUAAAGGGAUAUAUGGACCAAAUUUCUUGUGUAUAAAGAUGGACAGAAAUCACUGAGCACUCUUCUUUAUAUAAUUCACAGACUGUAAUUUUUCGAACGAUCACAUCAAGUUUUUUUCUGUACGCCAGGAUGUCUGCCCGAUCCAUGUACAUCUGUUAAUAAACCUUAAUUUAAUGCUAUUGCUCAUUCGAAUAUAAUUAUCAAGUUUUUACAUUUUCUUAUUUUGAUACACGUUGUAAUCCAAUACGCUAAUAUAAAUUGUAAAUUUUGUUUUGAUUUUUUUUUUCAAAAGGAAAAGGGUACUAAAAUUAAUCCUAAAAUGUAGAGUUUAUUUAAAUAAAUUCUAGAUUUUUGGUUAAGAUUUUGAAGGUUUUGAAACUGUGAUAGUACCUGACAAAAUUCAUCUCUAAAAAAACAAAAACAUUUUAGGACUAAGCUUGAUCUGUGAAUUAUGUAUGUCAAAAUGAUUUAAAAGACUGUACUUAAUAAAGACAAUAAAAAUAAAUUCGAAAUAUUGUAAUUAAAAUUAAUGCAUUAAUACUAAAAUAUGUAUAUAAA